AUCACAAAAUGUAUUAGUUUGUUUAUGUUAAUAGUGUGGAAUCCAAACAGAUGGAAAUUUAUACGCAAUUCAGAUAUAUAAAUCUUAAAUUCAGGCCUAAAUAUGUGUAUUCGCUCCUCCUUUAAAUCCGUUCUGGAUCUUAUAUCCUGAGCUACUUUAUUAUUUGAUUUUUGAGAUGCUAGCACACAGAAACGGUGUAAACCUGAGCAGGGUGGGUCCGCUCAUUUGCAAUGCAUAUUGAAGGCUGGACGUCCUGCCGGCUCAUUUUAGCCGAGUUCCCCCGAAGUCCUUCAUUCUCACCGGGGACAAUGAGUUCAGGACUGAAGCUUUAGACCACAUUACUGUGGUGAUCCGUCCAAAAUGAAUCGAAACCGCUACACGCUUCAGGAGCCUGAUGUCAAAGAGUACCUGGUGAAGGGAGACAGGUUCACAAAAUGGAAAGAAGACUCCAAGAAAACCACACCGGUCACCAUGAAGAUGGAUCCGAAAGGAUUUUACCUGUACUGGAUCAAUCAGAGCAAGGAAACAGAGUUUUUGGAUAUUGCCACCAUCAGGGACACAAGAGCGGGAAAAUAUGCCAAGCUCCCUAAACAUCCAAAGGUUCGUAACGUCUUCAACAUGGAUUUUCCUGACAGCCAUCAUCUGGCCAAAGCGCUGACCAUCGUGACAGGAACAGACACCGUCAGCCUCUCCUAUCACAACUUCUUUGCUGCUAAAGAAGUGGCCCAGACGUGGGCUGACGACAUCCUGGCUAUAGCAUAUAACACACUGAGAGCGAACGCCUGCAGACAGUUCUUCCUGGAGAAAGUGUAUGUCCGCCUCUCACUGCAGACCAACAAAGAUGGGAAAAUCCCUGUUAAAAAUAUCUUUAAGAUGUUUCCAGCAGACAAGAAAAGGGUUGAAGCUGCUCUGGCCGCAGCAAAUCUCCCCAAAGGAAAGUUUGACACCAUCAAGUCUGAUGUGUUCACUGAAGCGGCGUUCAAGACCUUCAUACUCAAUCUGUGUCCCAGACCUGAAAUCAAUGAAAUCUUCACGUCCUUCACGAAAGGAAAGGGAUUCAUGACGAAGGAGAUGCUGACCAAGUUCCUGAACGAGAAACAGCGAGAUUCCCGUCUCAAUGAGGAGCUGUUUCCACUCGUCAGACCUGAACAGGUGAAGAAUCUCAUAGAGAAAUACGAGCCGAGCUCGUCCAACGCCAGCCGCGGUCAGAUUUCUCCAGAUGGUUUGAUGUUUUAUCUGAUGGGAUCUGAGACAUCAGUGGUGAAACUGGACAAACUGGCCCAGAGUCACGAUAUGACCCAACCCAUCCCACAUUACUUCGUCAAAUCCUCCCACAACACCUAUCUCACAGCGGGGCAGCUGACGGGCGUCUCGUCUCCGGAGAUGUACCGUCAGUGUCUCCUCGCCGGGUGCCGCUGUCUGGAGCUCGACUGCUGGAAGGGCAAACCUCCGGAUGAAGAGCCAAUCAUCACCCACGGCUUCACCAUGACAACCGAGAUCCUCUUCAAGGAUGUGAUUGAAGCGAUCGCUGAGAGCGCCUUUAAAACAUCCAAGUAUCCUGUGGUCCUUUCCUUUGAGAACCACGUUGAUUCAGUGAAGCAGCAGGAGAAGAUGGCCAACUACUGCAGGACGAUCUUUGGAGACGCUCUGCUCGUUGACGUACUGGACAAAUAUCCUAAAAAAAAAAAAAAAACCUUUGAAAAUAACAGUAUUUUGUGUCUAACUGCUCCAGAUGAGCGUGAAGAACAUGAUGACCACGAUGAACAGGAUGAAGAGAAGAUGAAGAACUCUGAUGAGGGAACCGCUGGACAGGAAGUGACAGCGUAUGAAGAGAUGUCAGCUCUGGUCAACUACGUGCAGCCCAACAAAUUCAUCUCUUUUGAGAACGCAGCCAAAAAAAACAAGAGUUUUGUCAUCUCUUCCUUCGUGGAAACCAAAGGGGAGAGUCUGAUCGCUAAGAACGCAGUGGACUGGGUCGAAUAUAAUAAGAGACAGAUGAGUCGUAUCUACCCUAAAGGAACCCGUGUGGACUCUUCGAACUACAGUCCUCAGCCCUUCUGGACCGCCGGCUGCCAGUUUGUGGCGCUCAACUACCAGACUAUGGAUUUCCCCAUGCAGCUGAACAUGGCUCUGUUUGAGUUUAACGGCAGGACGGGUUACCUCCUCAAACACGAUGUGGUCCGUCGCAGCGACAAGAAGUUCGAUCCUUUCACUGACAGGAUUGACACCAUUAUCGCCAGCACUCUCACCAUUAAGAUUUACUCCGGUCAGUUCCUGUCGGAGAAGCACGUGAAAACCGGAGUGGAGGUCGAGCUCAUCGGUUUGCCGAAAGACCCCAAGCGCAAAUAUCGCACCAAAUGGAGCACGACACCCAACGCCAUCAACCCCGAGUGGAACGAGGAGCCUUUCGUCUUCGAGAAGAUCUUGCUGCCGGAGAUGGCUUACCUCAGACUCGUGGUUCAGGAGGAGGGAGGCAAGUUUUUAGGGCACCGAAUCAUCCCUCUGGAUGCUCUGCAGACAGGUUUCCAGCACAUCUGUUUGCGCAGCGAGAGCAACAUGCCGCUCACGCUGCCGUCUCUGUUCGUGCACAUCGAAGUGAAGGACUACAUCCCUGCUGCAUUCGCCGAUUUCUCGGAUGCACUUUUCAAUCCAGUGAAGACUUCAAAGCCUCCAAAGACUGAGGUAGAGGCUAUUAUGGAAACGAAGGCUGCAGAAGAAGCUCCAGCAGAGGGCGACGCUGCACCUCCGGCUGAACAGACUCCAGCUCCAGAACCAGCCAAACCAGAGAAAAAACCAGAACCCGAACCAAAACCAGAGGAAAAACCAGAACCUGAAGCCAAACCAGAGGAACAACCAGAACCUGAACCAAAACCAGAGGAAAAACCAGAACCUGAAGCCAAACCAGAGGAACAACCAGAACCUGAACCAAAACCAGAGGAAAAACCAGAACCUGAAGCCAAACCAGAGGAACAACCAGAACCUGAACCAAAACCAGAGGAAAAACCAGAACCUGAAGCCAAACCAGAGGAAAAACCAGAACCCGAAACAAAACCAGAGGAAAACACUGAACCAGAACCAGACCCUGAACCAAAAUCAGAAGAAAAUUCAGAACCUGCUGCAGCUGCAGAUGCUGUCGUCACGGAGACCAAAGAAUCCACUGAGGAAACCCCAUCUGAUCCAUCAGAUCCCACCACUGUGACCUGUGAAGAACUGCAGCAGCACAAGAACUUCCUGAAAGUCGCCAAGAAACAGGAGAAAGACCUGAAAGACAUGGAGAAGAAGUUUCAGAAGAAACGAGAAGAACUGAUUCAGAAAUACAGCGACCAGUUCAAAGCCUUGAAGAAGAAGAGCACGGGCAAGAAGUCUGGAGAUGAUCCAGGUGAUCAGAUGAAUGAACUCAAGCAGAAGCUGAAGCCGGAGCUCAGGGCGCUGCUGGUGGAGCAACACGAUCAAACCAAGAAGAAGAAAGAACAAAACAACACCGAGCGUUUGACCAAACUCCUGGAAAUGGCCACCGAGAAGCACUGCAGUGAGGUCAAGGCACUCAACAGUGAGCCCAAGAAGAAAGACAAAAUGAAGAAAUGCAAAAGUACGGAGCAGCUUGACAAUGAUAACGCUCAGUCGGCAAAUAACAGCAGCGCUGAUGGUUCACCGCAGGAACAGAGUCUGAAGAAGAAACAGGCCGCUACGCUGGCCAGCAUCAGAGAUCUGAUCAGUCAGCUGAAUAAAGACGCCGUGGCCGAACACGCGAAGAAGAUGUGGUCUUUGCCCGGUGACCUGUCCGAGGCCGUCAACUCCUGCGUCCAGCCGCAUUUCCCAGAGCAUGUGGAGAAAGCCGGAGAGAACCACUCUGAAAACACCGGACAGUACAGCCAUGUGUUCGUAGGAUGAAUGAACAACAGGAGUUCGACUUUAAUAUUUACCAUUUUGAUUUAUUUGACACUUGUUUAUAUUUUAGUAUACACUGUGUUCUUUUCAUUAGGUAAGACAAAACUAAGGACAUGUUUGCUUUAAUGCGAAUUAAUACUCAACAUAUCCGAAAAAUCAGGGGGAAAUUAUAGAGCUGUCACGAUUCCUCGAUUCAAUUCGAGUACUCGAUUUUAAGGUCUAUUCUAAUUACCACAAAAAA